CCAUUGCCCCCCACCCCCCUCCCCGCCCCCCACAAGUCCGUCACUUUCUGUGCGCGCUGCGACCCCCCGCCGCGGACCCCCCACCCGAACGAACUACGACGAGGCCUUUCGGACCUCAACAUCGCCCAAACCAAGAAGAAACAAUCCAAAACCGACUCAACCGACAGCGACUUGAAGUAUUACUCCGAGCCCGACGCCAAGAACUACUUCGAAAUCGACUACGUGUUCCUCAAAGAGUUGCGGAAGAUCGCCCGUAACAACUGCCCCAAGUGUCGCCGCAAGCGCUCCGGCAAGCAUCGCCGUGACGUCACCGACAACAAGCGCAAGUCGGGAGGCAUAUCGUUCGUGAAGGAGAACUACGUGUUCUGUAACGGACGCUAUCACAGCGAGAAGGAACAUUGUCAGCUGUGCUGCAGGAUCUGCAGUCGGUCCACGGACACGCUCGACUCGGGCGGCGACUCGUACUCGCUGGUGUCGCGGAGCUACAGUCAACCACCAGCCCCACGUAAUCUAACACCGAAAAAGAGACGCGAAAGGAGAAACUCGAUACAAUCGAAUAAAUCGGUCUCGUUCCUGGAAUCGAGUAACGACGAAUCGAUUAAAGACGAGACCAAUUACACGGCGAAGAGCUUCACGAACGAUCUGAAGAGGUUUCUGCUGAAGCCUUCCGCGCCCAGGCAGAGUCUCCGAGAUAAGUUCAUGUCGAGCUUCAAGCAGGAAUUGGAAGCUACAAAGAAAUCGCCGAAACUUAAAGCUAUUAAAGGUUUGUGGAAAUCUUACUGACCGUAUGCGAUUCGAUACUGUCUUAAUACACCGACCAGUAUUUUAUGACCCCCGUCGCGUAAAGUUCACGCCGUACUAUCAACGACGACUAGCUCGUGCGGCGCCAGACGCUGUCCUCCGGCCGCGACCAUUACAGACGACCCUAGCAAAAAUUAAUUAUUUAUAAUAUUUUGGUGCUUGAGUUGAAUUUAAGUUUGUUUUAAAUCUUUCACUACUAACGUAAGUGUGUUCAUGAUUGGUCUAAAUAAAUAUAUAUAAUUAUCAACAAAUUAGGUGCUAGAUAAUUUGAACUAUACAAUUUUUUUUUCUACAACUUUUUACUAUACUUAUUGUCGAUGUUUAUAUUUGAAAAGUUUGCGUGUACUUUAUGUGAAACGCGUUAGAAGCUAUAAUCCUUUAACCCGAAAACGUAGUGAUGAUAUCUUUAUGCGCCCGUGUGAUAAACGAAGCAUUCAUGAUGUGUACGCGAUUGACGUCUACGACGAAGGAAGUAAUAUUGUGCAAUUCAAAUAAUUGUCUAAUUCACUGAAUUUAUAAUCUUGCAUAAUUACUGGCGGCAAAUCUUAUAGUGUUGUGGUCACACUGUCGCCUGUGAAGUGGUGUAGUAAAUUUCCAGCCUCGAAAUGGCAAAAUAAAUAAAUUGCACAACAACAAUGAAUAAAGAUUCGUUAUGUGCAAUAUUAAUUUCACGGAAUUGAAACUUGUACCUGAUUAUUUAAACUUGAAUUAAAAAAAAAACAUGGUAGAUGAUUCGAAAUUUAGAAUUUUUCCCUCCCUUUUGGGGUAUCUAUAAAAUGAACGUUAUGGUAUGGUAGUUACAAAUUGUACAAAUUUUCUACUAAAACUUGAAUUUUUGUAUUGAAUUGUUAAGUAAAAUUAUAAAAAAAGGUCAUUGCAAUAAGAUCAUAGAAACGAAAAGGUGCCAAACUUCAACAUAGCAAACAUGGAAAUUAAAUUAAUUAUAAUG